AUGAAUAAGAAACAAUCUAUUCCCGAGUACAGUUUCCAGAUAAGCACAAGGACUAAUCCCCACGAUUCACUCUCCAAGCAGACAAUGCAGUCAGGAAGGAGCGAUAGAGUAGAAACUAUCGUUUCAGAUAUUGAUUCAGAAGAUAUGUUCUCUUUUACUCCUGUUAUAAAUUCAAAUUAUCAGGUAGACCAACAUGACAGACCUGUUCAUGAGAGGUUACUCAGAGCAGGAGAGUAUUAUAAAUAAGAAAUUAGAUAUGAAGAAGCAAGAAAACAUCAAAGAAAAGGAAAGAGAAGAAAAUCUGAUAAUUCAAGCUCAGGCUAAAAACUCAAAGAGACCUAAAAGUGGAAGAAAUAAAUCAAGAACAAAAAGAAUGCAAUACAGAAUUGAUGUAGCUGAUAGAUUGAAUGAUUACAAAGCUAAAUACGAUAUGACAUUGAUUGAAGAGACAAGGAGGAAGGUUGACCAAGAAAUAAAAAUGCUCAAGCAAACUCCUAAAAUCUCAGAUAAAAGCCAUCUAAUCAGUAAAAGAACUCAUAAAAAGAAAUCUCCUCCAAGAGAUAAAUCUCCUCAAAACGAUGAUCUUGUAGUUCAAAGACUGAUGCACGAUGCUGAAAGAAGGAAUCAAAAAGUUUCAGCCCAACAAGAAUAUUCUGCUUCUGGAAGACCUCUUGGAAUAAAAGAUAUUGAAAUCUGAUUUGAAGAAGAUUAUAAAAAUGAACAAACUGGGGACUGAAUAGAAUCUCUUAGCUUUCAAAAUACUGGUGCUUUUAGUAAAACAACAAAAUCAAAAUCUCCAAAUGUUGUUUCAAGGCUUCAUGAAUGGGGAAAAGAAAAAGAAAAUAAACUAAAAGAAGCUAGAAAUGAUUAUCAUCAAGAUGUCACAUUUACUCCAAGAAUCAACGAAGUUUCUAAAAUAAUUACCGAACUUGAAGAACCUCAUAAACCAAAUGAUGAAUUAUAUUUGAAUUCAACCAGAAAUUACAUGAAGUCAGGAUUUCAAAGUCAUGUUAGCCUUACUUCCUUGAGAUCAAACAGUAAAUAUAAAAGUGGAAAAGGAACACCAGGAAAAUACUCAAAUAAAAAUAAAAACAGAGAUAGCAAAUCCCCUUAUACUUUCAAACCCCAACUCAGUAAGAAAUCCCUCAAAAUGGCUGAAAAAAUGGGAAGCGCGAAAGAUAGGCUAUACAGACCUAAAAAUCAGAGCAAAUCACCAAUAUCUAGAAACCACAACCCACAUUCUUUCUACCAAAAUUCAUACCAAAACUUGACUCAGUCAAAGUCUUUCAUGAACAACAAUCAGACUUAUGAUCAAUCUUUAGACUCAAAAGCUAGUUUUCAUCCUAAAAUAAAUUCCAAAAGUAGGAAAAUUGAUCGAAAUGUCUCAAAAUCUCCUAUGAAUAGAAGCUUUAAUAGAUUCGAAAGACUCUAUAUGAAUGUGGAUAGACAACAAGCUAAAAUAUCUGCUCUGAAAGACCUAUACGAGAAGGAAAGUAUUCUAAAAGACAUUGAGACUUGUACUUUCACUCCGAGUAUCAACAAGAAUAUAAACAUAAGCACUCACAACACAUACGCUGACGGAGACGUUGUAGAAAGGAAUUAUAAUUGGAUGAAAUAUAAAGAGCAUAAAAUACACCAAAUGAAGAACCAGAAGGAUGAGAAAGAAAAGAAAGAUUGAACAUUCAAACCACAAGUCUCCUCAUUCGUAUCUUCAGAUACUUCAAAUAUUUGAAUGAAAUCGACUAAUUCAGAAGCUAUUGAGAAGUUCCUGAACAGACAAAAAGCAGCACGAGAGAAAAGAGAGGAGACCAAGAUUUAUGAAGAGUAUAUUAAAAAUGGAGGAAGUGCAUGAACUGAUAGCUAUGCAUGGAAAGCACAUAAAAACAGAGUUAAAAAUCUAACUAAAGAAGAAAAUGAAAAUUUUGCUGAGAUUAAUGAUCCAAGCAUGUUUAAUUUUCAUCCUAAUGGGCUUAGAGAUUAUGAAUAUCUUCUCCAACAAACAAAUAAUAUAUGUAUUCCUGAAUAUACAGAAUCAGAGAAUACAAUUAGUGAAUCAGACUUCAAUACAAACGACGAGAAAAACAUUAUGAAAGAAGUAGAAAAUUUAGACUCAGUCCUAAAGGCUAUACAGCAAGAAAUGAAAAGCGAAAAUACAGACCAAGAUAAUUCUUCUGUGGCUAGCAUCCAGGAUGAAAUUUCUAAAUGGAAUAAACUCACUACAGAUCUUUCUGCUAUAAAAGAGCAAAGAUUAGGUGAAACCUCUAGCACUCCCUACUCUAAAUUCCAGAACUCUAAUACACAAGAUCCUCUCCCAGCCCUUCCUAUAGAUAAAUUUCCUGAAUCAAAUCUGACCCCUAUUCAAGACCACAGUGACAAGAAUGAAGAAAUAUCAGCCCUGACCUCUUCUUUCUGAACUUAUGACCUUGAAAUGACAGGGGGUCUGGGUGAUACGUCCUAAGAGGGAAUUUAACACUGCAGGAAAGUUGACUGAUUAGUUCUAACUAAUGUGCGUCUUGCUAAGAAAUUAUUUA